ACGAUACUUUUCCCAUCAAUUCGCCUUCUUUAUCAUAAGCUCUCUCUCAGUCUGGUCUCUCUCUCUCUCUCUCUCUCUCCUCCAUGGACGAAAUCCAGCACAGGUUCAUCGAAGUCCAGGGGCUGAAGCUCCACGUGGCAGAGAUCGGCGCAGGCCUCAAUGCGGUGGUCUUCCUGCACGGGUUCCCGGAGAUAUGGUACACGUGGCGGCACCAGAUGGUGGCUGCAGCGAAGGCCGGGUUCCGCGCGCUCGCACCUGAUUACAGGGGCUAUGGGCUCUCCGACCCGCCGCCGGAACCCGAGAAGGCCUCUUUCAAAGACAUCGUCGCCGAUUUCAUCUCCAUACUCGAUGCCCUCAGCAUCAACAAGGUGUUUGUGGUGGGGAAAGACUUUGGUGCUCGGCCUGCGUACUUGUUGGCAGCUCUCCACAAAGAAAGAGUCCGAGGAGUUGUGACCAUCGGAGUGCCCCUUUUGCCUCCGAGCCCCCCUAAGUACCAUGAGUACCUCCCUGAAGGCUUCUACAUAUCUAGGUGGCAGCAACCAGGACGUGCAGAGGCUGAUUUUGGGCGCCUCAGUGCUAAAUCUGUUGUGCGGAACGUGUACACCCUCUUUUCGAGAAGUGAUAUACCCAUUGCCGCAGAAGGCCAGGAGAUAAUGGACUUGGUAGACGAGUCGACCCCUCUUCCUCCUUGGUUCACUGAAGAGGAUCUCUCGACUUAUGGAGCUCUGUAUGAAAAAUCAGGAUUUUGCACGGCGCUGCAAGUUCCAUACAGGUCAUUUUGGGAAGAGUUUGCAAUAACUGAUCCAAUAGUUAAAGUUCCGGCCAUGCUGAUAAUGGGCGAAAAGGACUAUGUACUCAAAUUUCCUGGGAUUGAGGACUACAUACGGAGCGGCAAGGUGAAUGAGUUUGUUCCCGAUCUGGAGGUUGUGUUCUUGCCAGAAGGAACACAUUUUGUGCCGGAGCAAUCGCCCGAGGUGGUGAAUCAGCUGCUGCUCGCCUUCUUGAAUAAGCAUCUUGGAUAAAUGUCUGUAUGAUUAGAAAUGCUCGGACAGCCUAUCUCUUUAUCUCUAUAUUCUACUAAUCUGUGCGUUCAUGUGAAGCUGAGCCUAUCUUUCGAAGAGCUUGAGAAAAUAUUCUGUCAGUCGGAUUGAUAGUGUGAACAUCAAGGAGUAAAUAUUAUGUCAGUCAUUUGGUUUCGCAAAA